UUAAAGCCGGUGCACGAACACAGUUAAAUUUUAAUCGUGAUCAAUUUCACGAGAACCAAUCAGAGAAGUCUUCUUUUCGAAAAAGCAACCGGGCCUUGAUAAUUUAGAUCUUUAUAGAUUUAUUUAAUUUACAGAUUCUAAGUUGAUCGAUGAAAUUUCUAUGGAUCAAAUCAAUUCCAAACCACAAACAAAUCCUAGUUUUAAGGAAUAUGCACAUUCUAUCGUACCAAUGCGAGUCGGGAGUGAGGGAGCAGUCAAAGACUUUCUUUUUACACCCAACGAUAAACCUAGGAAAUUGAUCAAUAUUUCUCCAGCUGGGAUGAAUUUGAGGAUCGGUUCGACAUGGCACAAAAAAUUCGAAGGUGGACUAGCUAGAACUACAAAUGAGUACAUUUGCAGAAGAGAGUAUGGCCUUGACUUUCCUCAUAUAUUCACGCCAGAGUGUUCUGUAAAGCACAACCUUACAAACUCGGAUAAAAGUAUUUAUGCAAAAGUCACUGCUGAGGAUUUCCCAAGAAUGUUUACGGUGGCAAACCGCGAAGUCUGGCUUUGUAAAAAUAAUCAUGAUCCGAUCUACCGUGUAGUCAAUCUAGUUAUUGGAAGAGUGCCAAUAAAAAGCAUUGAACCAGAAGAUGACAUCAUUCUGAUACAUUCCAUUAAUAUAACUAAUGGAGUUAGUGUGAUUUUCAAAGAAGUCGGAUUCUUCAAAUUUUAUCUAUUAGAACGACAUGAUUUUGGUAAGUAA